CCCGUAUCGUGUCCCACAAAUGAAAAAUAGAGUAUACGGGUCUCUGCAGACUAUUUUUUCGUCAUUUUUAUCUCGGAGGCUACUUGAGACAUUGUUCAGGAUAAAUAGUGAAAUCGGUGGCCUGUUCCGUUUCCUUCAUCAACAGAUCUUUUCUAAGUCAUGACCACUCGUUAUACAUGGCUAUAUAUUACGACCAGAUAUGCUUAUUAACGAACAUAAAUUGUAAUUUUCCGACUAGAAUAAGCUCAUGAAUCAAAUUGAAUAGGAAUCGUAGACGAGAAGGAGAUAGAGUGGGCUCAUUCAUAUGACACAUUCGAACUACAGUUCAUAAAAUUCAAAUUCAAAAUCAUUCAAAUAUAUUUCUGCGAACAAAACACGAUUAGUCUAUUCAAUCUGUCGAAUAUCCAAAUUUCAAGUAUGUUCAAGGUGACGCUGAUUGACAUAUCAAAUUCAUAAAACCAAUCAGGUCUUCAAAGUUCGUUGCAUAUACUUGGCAAUUCGUUGGUUUUAAUUUACGGUUGACUUUCAGAUUGUUCAGCUGAUCGAAGAUGCCUGAAGAAGUGCCUAAGACUACCAAGUUCAUGCUUAGCAGUUUAUCAGGUUGUAUGGCUACAGUAAUUGUUCAGCCCAUGGACCUGGUCAAAAACAGAAUGCAGGUGUCAGGGGAAGGUGGAGGAGCCAAGACUCACAAAUCUUCUUUUCACGCCAUCAGAAAUAUUCUUGCCAACGAGGGAUUUCUAGCAUUCUACAACGGACUUGGAGCUGGGUUACUUAGACAAGUUAUGUACACGGGAACGCGUUUGGGCAUCUACACUUCGUUGUUUAGUCACUUCACAAAAAAUGGCAAACCGCCUGGAUUCGCUGAGAAAAUGGGAAUCGCCGCAACGGCGGGAUCUAUUGGUGCUUUUGUUGGAACACCGGCCGAGUUGUGUCUAAUCCGAAUGACAACUGAUAAAAGUCUUCCAGAAACCGAGAGACGGAACUACAAAAACGUUUUCGAUGCCAUAUUUCGAGUGACUCGUGAGGAGGGUGUCACAACCUUAUGGCGUGGAUGCGGGCCGACAGUCGGCCGAGCUGUUGUCGUGAACAUAGCUCAACUCGUGUCAUAUUCCCAAUGUAAAGAGAUGCUGAUCAAGAAAACAGAUGUUUUUAAAGAGGGAAUUUUGACUCAUUUCGUAGCCAGUAUGAUUUCUGCACUGGUCACUACAGUUGCAUCGCUGCCUGUAGAUAUUGCCAAAACUAGACUUCAGAAAAUGAAAAUAGUUGACGGAGUUCCAGAGUACAAAGGAUUCGUUGACGUCUUCUCUAGAAUAGUGAAAAAAGAGGGCGUGUUUGCUCUCUGGAAAGGAUUCACGCCUUACUAUGCGCGACUGGGACCUCACACGGUGCUGACCUUCAUAUUUCUGGAACAGCUUCUGAACGUGUACAAGAAAGCAAAGGGCAUUGAGUCAAAGUCAGCCAGCUUAUAAUGAACUGAAAUAUAUAAUUGUAAACAUUGAUUCCGAUUUUACUAAAAAAGUACAUUGAGAAAUCUCGGAAACCAGUUUCAUUUAUCUUGUUAAUUCACUUGCAUAAUUUUUUAGGUCAAAAUUUUUUAGUUAAACAAAACACUGAAUCCCUUUUUUACAGGGCCUUAGGUCAGUGCAUUUCAAGUAAUUAGUUUUGGCAGCAAUAAUUGGUUUGUCCAGAUUAUCUCUAUUUGUGAAAAAUGAAUCUAUCGAAAAUAAAGACUAAUCUUUAAUAAAGUUGCUGAUUUCUGUAAAUUAUGACUAUUCGGUUAAACUGUGGCCUGGUGCUACUCGGAAUUUUAUUAUCACCUUAAAUUGUUUUAAAUUUAAGAUAUACGGAAGAAAUGUUGAAAACUUG